CCACUUGGUGCACUCUUGUGGUUCUUGCAGCAGCGUCACAGCUGCUAGCUCUCUGACAGUGUUGCAUCGCUCUCAUAUAACACACAGCGAAAAGCGCUCCAGACAAACAUUACAGUAUGUAUGAUUGGACUUAUUUCAGAGGAAUAUGGGUUUGCCUCCUUUAAAAAAAGUUUUUCUUAACUUCUUGAAUUUGUCGUUUUUUUCACUAUCCUCUCCAGGGAUCUAUAAAACCAAGACAACAUAAGCAAAAAAGGAUUGUUAAGUUUUUUGGAUGCAUUGCAAUGACAAGACAACAUGCUGUCACCGACAUCAGAGGAACUUCUCACCAGCCUUUUUUGGUCUUUGGAGACAUAGGAGACAGACAUACAUGAACCACUCAUGGUGUUUGGAGGAUCUGGACACUUACCAGUGAUACAUGAAAGCUGUGAAACAUGUCAGCGGGAGAUUUACGUUUGCUUGGAAUGAACAAAAACGAGAGGGUGUGACAUAGAGAGACCAAAUUGUUAUUCAUUUGACUUUAAAAUGCUAUUACGAAAUGACGUUUUUUACUCUUAAUACAUGAAAAAUCGAUUUAACCUUUGUGUAUGUCUUUGCUUAUGAAGAUGGAUUUUAACUUGAGUAGCAUAGUGUUCUACACGGUCAACAGCACUGUGACCCCCUUUCUCAACAAUACAGGACCCUACCAUCCUGCAGCGGGACCCUGGAGUUUACUAUUGACGGUGAUCAUCAUCAUGAUCAUCGUGGUGGGCAACCUGCUGGUCAUCAUAGCUAUAGCACGCACAUCCCAGUUACAGACUAUGACUAACAUCUUCAUCAUGUCCCUGGCCUGUGCUGACCUCAUCAUGGGGGUCCUGGUGGUCCCUCUGGGGGCCACCAUCGUGGUGACGGGGAACUGGCAGCUGAGUGAUACCUCCUGCGAGCUCUGGACCUCCGUAGAUGUGCUCUGUGUCACCGCCAGCAUCGAGACUCUUUGCGUGAUUGCAGUGGACCGCUAUAUUGCCAUUACAAGGCCCCUCAGGCACAAGGUUCUGCUCAAUAAGUGGCGCGCCCGACUAAUAGUGUGUGUGGUGUGGAUUGUGUCUGCUCUGAUCUCUUUUGUGCCCAUCAUGAACCAGCUUUGGCGGGCAGAAGAUGACCUGGAGGCAUUGGUAUGCUAUCAGGACCCUGCCUGCUGUGACUUUGUGACCAACAGAACUUUUGCCAUUAUAUCUUCUGUAGUGUCAUUCUACAUCCCUUUGCUCAUAAUGAUAUUUGUCUAUGCCAAAGUCUUCCUCAUAGCCACACGACAGGUACAGCUCAUAGACAAGACCCGGCUCCGCUUCCAGAGUGAGUGCCCAGCGCCGCCGCCGACACAGCUGAGCCACCACAGUUGCAACAUUUUGCCCUUGGGCUAUGGCGGCAGCAGCAGCUGCACCAGCUCAGCUCGCAAGAGGAGCUCAAGGCGAAGGCCCUCACGGCUAACGGUUGUCAAGGAGCACAAGGCCCUCAAGACCUUGGGCAUUAUCAUGGGCACCUUCACCCUCUGCUGGCUGCCUUUCUUUGUGGCUAACAUCAUUAACGUGUUUGACAGGAAUGUGCCCCCAGGAGAGAUCUUCCGCCUGCUCAACUGGCUGGGCUACAUCAACUCUGGCCUCAACCCCAUCAUCUACUGCAGGAGCCCUGAGUUCCGCACUGCUUUCAAGAACCUGCUGGGCUGCCCCUGGUUUUCCACCCCACGAUUAAACACCUUCUACAAGGAGAUGCGGACACGAUGCCCCUGCUUCCUGGGUUCGCUUGAGGCAGGGGCGGCCGGCUCUUUCCAGAAGCCCCCUGCUGCUGCCAUGCCUGAGGGGGACGAGAGCCUGGCCAGCAGUCAGAGCAGCGACAAGAGUGAGGAGCCUUCCCCAGGACCCCCACACUCCAACGGAAACACACAGUUCAGUGAAUUCUCCAAACCAGAAAAUGAAUUGUAAGUUUCCUAUAGUUAUCAUCUAAAAUCUUGCACACUACAUUUUCUCAUUCCACGAUAAAUACUUUAAACAACGCAUUCUAAAAAAAACUUUUUUUUUUUGGCAGUGUUGGAUAAUUAUGUUUAAAUUGCACAGAUAACUCACAUUUGCACUUAUUAGCAUUUACACUAUUCGAUUUGGUAGUGAUAGAUUAUCUUGAGAAGAUGCCAUGGUCCAUGUCUAUACAAGCUUUUUGUUGUCAUGCAAGGCAACUAAUCUAAUUCUCAACCCUCCAGUAUCAAAGUGAAUUAAAAAAGUGAACUGACAUAGUGUUACAGAGAAAUUGAAAGAUGACAGUUUUAUGACAAAAGAUGCAAGCAUACUGUAAACCAAAGCAAGCACUGAACUUAAAAAAGUUUUGCUUGUAAAAUAAGGACAGACCAAAUAGGAUGGGCAACAGAAUGAAAUCAACAGAAGUACCAGAAUAGACAUUCCGUAGAUGCUAUAAAUGUUUACUCCUAAUUCUCUUUCCAAAUGUAGGCCUACUGAUAUCUGAUCUUUUCCCUUCAUAAUGUUGCAAUACAUUACCAUAGGUUGAUUAAGCAAUGUAUGUGUGUGUGUGUGUGUGUGUGUGUCAUGUGUCAACCAUUCAAUACAUCUCUGAAUGGAAAAUAUGAAUGAAACAAUGCUAAGACAUCAGGAAGGGAGUGAGUGUACUCCUGCAAUUCAGAGGGCAUGUUUAGGAUCGUAUCUGUAGUUUUAGCGGUAUUCCUUUGGGAGAGGGGAUACCUUUGGUAAAUCAAACAAUCUCUUUGAAUACUUCACUUACAGGUUUCGUAGAGCUCACUGGGCAUGCAAAUUCAAUAUGUUCAAUAUAUAUACAUAAUAAUAUAAUAUAAUAUGCCAUUUAGGUGCUGGAACAAUGUAGGCCUAACAAUGAAUGCACUCAAUGCUUACAUACUGAAAGAUUAGCUGAUGUAGGAAUAUUACAACAUUAUAACGUAAUGUGAAAUGUAAUAUGCAAAUGUUCAUUGUGUAGAUCCAUAUCAAAGAAAUUCAUUUCAAGACUGUAGAUGAACUUAUAGUUGCUGCUACCGUAUUAUGUUACCUGUAAUCUAUCUUUGAAUGUGGCACAUUAUACAAAUUACUAACAGAUUUCUAAGGGUUCUCUUAAAAACAAAUCAUUUCAAAUCCCGAUCAGUAAUUUAGUGCUUCUGUAACUGUUUACUCUACUAUACCCUUAAACACAACCUCUUGCUGUAUCUUCGAACCUUCAAUACCAAUUGAUUAUCCAUUUAGAAGCUAAAGGUUAAGAAAAUGGUAAGAAAACAUACAUCUUUAAAUUAAUAUAGCUUUUUCUUAUGACAAAAAGGAUGGUAUAAUACAAAUAUGCAUAAUAGUAAAGUACUGUAAGUCAAAACUAAACCCAAUUAAAAGUCUCCAAAAGUGUGAAUGUCUGAUGUAGAGCAACAUGAGCUGAUGAACGUUUAGCCGUUAUAGAGGAGCUUCCCAAUAGAGUGAGUUGAGUGGUGUUUAUGCCUCUGCUAGGGCCCCUCUGCAGCCUGUCCAACACCCCCCGCAGCUGAUAAACCUUUAUCACUGAGCCACAAGACUUCCGCUCACCGGGAGAGGCUGUUUACAAGACAAAUAGUCAUUGGGAGCACACACCAGAGCAUGGUUUGGUUACAGUUGGACUGCUAAACAUGUGUCUUACCAAACCAAUCCAAUUAGCAGAGAUUCACUUAUACUAUACAGAUGCAGGGAUCAGGUUACCUUUUUAAUGACUACCAAUUCCCUCUAACAAGUUCAUCCAUAACAAGUGCCUUCACUCACUUCUGACUUCUCACUGCAUCAGUUUACGGUUGAAGGGUAGUGGGCUGUGUUAUCUAUUUUGAUCUUGUUCAGUGGGGUUCAGGGGCAGUUAGGACUCAUUAUGAGUGCACAUUCUUCUCACACAUGCAAAUACUGGAUCUAAAGAUUACUUGAAAAGCUCUAUAGCUGACAAUUGUCUAGUAAUAUGAAUAGGCCAGUGACAGUAAUAUAUAUAUAUAUUUAUUUAUAUAAACAGUUAAUUUGAAUUGUCACAUUUGUUCCUAAAUGUUGCAAUCUCUGAGCUCUUUAACAGAUGCAAUCAAUGGGGCAAAGUAUGUGGACACCCCUUCAAAUUAGUGGAAUCGCCUAUUUCAGCCACACCCGUUGUUGACAGGUGUAUAAAAUCGAGCACACAGCCAGCAAUCUACACAGACAAACAUUGGCAGUAGAAUGGCCUUACUGAAGAGCUCAGUGACUUUCAACGUGGCACCGUCAUAGGAUGACACCUUUCCAACAAGUCAGUUCGUCAAAUUUCUGCCCUGCUAGAGCUGCCCUGUUCAACUGUAAGUGCUGUUAUUGUGAAAUGGAAAAGUCUAGAAGCAACAACAGCUCAGCCAUGAAGUGGUAGGCCACACAAGCUCACAGAACGGGACCGCUGAUGGCUGAAGCGCGUAGAGCGUAAAAAUUGUCUGUCCUCAGUUGCAACACUCCCUACUGAGUUCCAAACUACCUCUGGAAGCAACGUCAGCACAAUUGUUAGUUGGGAGAUUCAUGAAAUAGGUUUCAAUGGCCGAGCAGCCGCACACAAGCCUAAGAUCACCAUGCGCAAUGCCAAGCGUCGGCUGGAGUGGUGUAAAGCUCACCACCAUUGGACUCUGGAGCAGUGGAAACGCGUUCUCUGGAGUGAUGAAUCAUACUUCACCAUCUGGCAGUCCGACGGAAGAAUCUAGGUUUGGCGGAUACCAGGAUAACGCUACCUGCCCGAAUGCAUAGUGCCAUCUGUAAAGUUUGGUGCAGGAGGAAUAAUGGUCUGGGGCUGCUUUUCAUGGUUCAGGCUACACCCCUUAGUUCCAGUAAAGGGAAAUCUUAAUGCUACAGCAUACAAUUACAUUCUAGACGAUUCUGUGCUUCCAACUUUGUGGCAACAGUUUGGGGAAGGCCCUUUCCUGUUUCAGCACAAAACGAGGUCCAUACAGAAAUGGUUUGUCGAGAUCGGUGUGGAACAACUUGACUGGCCUGCACAGAGCCCUGACCUCAACCCCAUCGAACAUCUUUGGGAUGAAAUGGAACGCCGACUGCAAGCCAGGCCUAAUCGCCAAACAUCAGUGCCCAACCUCACUAAUGCUCUUGUGGCUGAAUGGAAGCAAGUCCCCGCAGCAAUGUUCCAACAUCUAGUGGAAAGCCUUCCCAGAAGAGUGGUGGCUGUUAUAGCAGCUUAGGGGGGACCAACUCCAUAUUAAUGCCCAUGAUUUUGGAAUGAGAUGUUCGACGAGCAGGUGUCCACAUACUUUUGGUCAUGUAGUGUAUUUGAUAAAUUAUACAUAUCACAUACAUAUCAUAAAUAUCAAAGCUAUCGUUCAUUAAGAAAUACAUGGAAUGUGACAUCUUUAAUUAAACCCUGUGUAAUUUGUUCAUUCUGUACAGUACAGUCUUUUUUACUAGCAUACAUAGCAGCAAAGUAAUCAAAUUAGUUAAUGUCCUCAGAAUUUCUCAUAUCAAACAGUAAUUCUGUCUAAAGAGGAACAGCUGCUUACUGCAUUAGUCCUUUUGAUGCGGCAUCACUACAGCAUCUUGUAAUAGUUAUCACACACUCAUUCUCUUUCAUAAGCAGUGGUCUGCUCUGCAGUGGUCUGCUCGGUAUGGGUCAGGGGAAAGGUGAUAAGACUGUAAUGCGAGGGAAAACACUAAUAGAACAACACAACUUGUUCUGUGUCAAUAUUAUCUUUAAGAAUGGCAGUGGGGUAUUUUUUUCAGAGAAAAAUCAAGAUAGAUAGAUUUUCAGUCAACACCUCACCUAACAUAAAGAUUAAAAAGCAACAGAGUUUUCCAUUCUUCGAAGCAAAAUGCCAGGAUUUGCUUUGAUUUAGAUGUGAGAAAAGGUUUAGGCCUGAAAUUAAUAGAAAUUAAACUAAAGAUAUUUCUAAUUUUAAAUGUGCCCUAAUACUGUUUGAUUAUACAAGGCCAACACAAUCAAGAUUGCAGGUUCAAUUUCUGGAGCACUAUUUCAUUAUCUUCAAUUGAGCCAUUCAGCAAAGAGUGCAUGCCUGUUUUGAUAACAAUUCAGCCAGACUGAGAUAGAACAGGACAAUUCAGCCAUGGGACAAAAUUACUGUAUAAUAGAGAGAAGCCGUUAUCACAAAAAAUAACAUGUGAUCAUCAUAUUAAUUAAGCAUCAAUAAUGGCCAAGCCUCUAUAAAAGCAUGAUAGAAGAUAGGUUUGUUUUACAAUGUCUUUGUAAUCAUUAGCUCAGUGGCACUAACUUUUGUGUUUUCCCUGGCACUAAAAGGUUGUGGCCUAAAUGACCAACUGACAGAGUCAUGCAGCUUUUCAUGGAAUAGCUUCGUGGGCCAUGCCUGGAACAGUAAUACUCAUCUGAUGGCUGAUGGACUAAACUCUCUUUCUGAAUGCUCCCAAGCAACUGAGACUGAGGCAUGAUCUCACCCCUUGGAGUGGUCCACGGCCAAAUGCCUCAAAACAUAUUUAUCCAAACACAAUGUCCCUCAACAGAAACAUGUAGUGUGUCAGACAUUGUUAUGAAAUUCACCUCCCAAAAUACAGCAAAUGAAAGAUUCCUAGAAUUCCCAUCACAUGGAUAUCACAUUAAAUCCACAGAAAUCCUGGGUUAAGAAGUUGCUGUGCGGCACCUAUAUUCAGAUCAGUAAUGGAUUUAGUGCAAUAACACUCACGAGGCGUCACAACAAGCAAUGAAGGCCAACAUGUUGUGGCAGUUUGAACUCAGACACAACUCUCUAAUGGAUAUGUUCAGAGCAAAUUGAAUUUCACAGAUUAGAGAAAGACACAUUACACUGUAUUUUCACCCUCUGAACUUGUGUUGUUGUUUCAGCUUCCAGUUGUUUGGCAUGGCAACUACAUCAGGCAAGAAAUAGCUUUUGGAGAGUAUCCACCAAGAGGAGAGGCAGUGGAAAUAUGUCCAUCUGUGGCCCAGCCUAAUAUACUGAGUGACUCAGAGCACUUGCCACAAUUGGCUUAUUACUCCAAAUAACUGAGUAAACAUUUAUACACACAUUAGAUGACACCAGCACUAUUUUCAACAGACAUUGGUGAUGUCCUGGCUUGAGUCCUAAAUAUCGAGCUACAUGCUGAGUUUGUAAUGCCACCCAGCUAUGUGUAAAAUCGAAAUCCCUUCUCCUGGAGAGUGGAACGCAACGCUGUCUUAAUAUGAAUAAACAGAAACAUUGUACUCUGUUGUGCAUAAUUUGUCAGUUAAACAGCAUUUGUCAGUUAAACAGUUUUAUCACCGGUAUCAACGGUAAAAGGUCCAGUCAAUAUUUAGAAAGGCUAGUCAUUACAGUUCAUCUAUGCAUCUAUUUCUCAUAAUGGUAUCAAUGAAAUACACUGUACAUACUUUUCAGUUAUAGGCAUGCAGGAUGGCCACAGAAAAUAUGCUCAGCAAUUAAGUUAUAUUGGUAAAACUAAUGAAACAGAAAUGUAUCUGUUGACAGAUGAAUACAAGCCUUUUCAUUCUGGCACAAAUAAAUCACAUUGUACAAUCUUUAACACAAUGGUCACUUUUUCAGAUUACAGCAGGUGACAAGAAUUGUAUAUCUAAAAAAUGGUAAGGAUUCUAUACAAUUAACAUCUGCAACAUGAAUACCAGCAGCAGUGACAUACCCAGGAAUUUACCUGAACUGGCAGACAUGUAUGGAAGCUUAUAUACAUUAUUUCAAAGCUACCCAUUUAGAGUUUAAUCCUUUGAGGUAAAGCUAUGGUACUGUGCAUUUUUUAAAAUCACUAAAUGUUUUGAUGCCGGUCUAAGAGAGGCCAUUGCAGUAGAGCUCUUUUCAUGUACACUUGACCAUGACAGUCCUUUUAAAUAUGUGAGCACUGCCACCAACUGAGCACCACAUGCUAAAUAAGUAUUUUGUUGGAUUAGGAAGAGAUAUUACCUCAGAGAGCAUGAAAUGAGGAACAGGAUCAGAGAGACAUUGUAAUGACACUCUUCGACACUCAUUGUCAAUGAGAGCUGAGUAUCUGAUUAAAUCCUACAGCAUCAUAGAGUAGGCCUAAAUGGUGUGGUUUGGGAGUUGAGUAAGUAGUUUAGUAUGGGAUGCGUCUGAAAAUGGUGGGAGGAGGUUGAAGUCAACGUUUUACUGCACUGUCUACAGCUGAAUAAAGCUUAAAAAAUUGGCAGGUAACUUAAAUCAACUUCAUCUCAUUGAUUGUUUCUUUCCAACUUACUGUACUGUUGAUAGUAAUGCCCGGAGGCCUGGAGAGAAAAAUCUACGUGUUGGAAGGUUCUUAAUGGUGAGGAACCAUGUGCUCCAGGUGGUUCUUAAGAAACUGCAAACAACUUGAUUGAAAUAUUUUAGCACCAUCAAUCAUAGAAAUCAACAUAUUUGGCACUUCCACUGUAGUGGACAGGAUUACAAAAUAAACCCUUUGCCCCAAACCUGCCAGGGGCAAGACCUCAAUUGCUGACCACCUUCACCUGUUGACGGGUACUGUAAAAGAAAAUACACUUAACUCAAAUGAUGGAUGUCUCUGCCUGAAACUUUGGGAUGAAGCGAAAGCCAAAUUUGAACUAGGCUUUCAACUACACAGGCAAUUAUUUCCCUCAGAGGACCAAGUGAAAGUACAGUACUUGCUUUAUAAGGGCUAAGGGUACUUGAGUCGUAUUUCAUAAAUUGUUUUCAUUUUUCUGUAGAUUUCUCCAGCAAAGCAAUGGUGGGCAUUGUUUAUAUUUUCCUGUGUAGACAUGUACUGUAAGAUUGAUAGGAUCAGAAUCUCUGGCAUUUUGAAAAAAGGAUUAGUUGGGUAUGUUUGGGGGAAAGAGAAACCUAGAGUACACACUACCAUGAAGUGAUUGAUGGGGAUAGGAUGGGCAUUAAUCAAUCAGGAGAGAUAUGUUCAAAAGCUCAAAAUCAAAUAAGCAGUAAAACGAACUGCUAUUUUUUCCCAGUAUGAAGUGAACGCAAAUCCCACAAUGUUCAAUACAUUUAUGUAGGCUACACAUUUCAACCUCCUCCCACCAUGUCAGAGUAACCUCUCACAAAGGGCAUUUGCCAAGUCAAACAAACACAUAAUCUCCUGAUGAGACAGUUAGUUGGCCUUCAUGUCUGGAUGCUUUAACAGUAAAGGAACAUGUGCUUGGGAUUGAAUGGGAGGAUGGGAUGAACAACAAGUCUGAUCUGGCAAAGUAAAUGUAAAUGACAAGUGACACGAUCAAAUAAGAUGGUUGGAUCAAUUUUAGGGUUGGAUCUCAAUGCUUUGAAUUCCAUUCCAUCAUUUUGUAAAAAUAAUAUUUUCCAAAGAAGUGAUGUCUUGAAUAUACAGUCUCAAUGCAAAGAUCUCUUCAUCUUCUCCAAGGCUGGGAAAACAAAACACAUUUUAUUAUUUUAGGGGAUAAGUAUAGAUCAGUCAUAUUCACACGAAUCUUUGAAAUUCAAUUUAUUUUGUAAUGUGUUUUUGGAGGUAGAGUCGAUAUUUCACCAUUGCUUACAAUAACCACUUUCUGCUGGCUCUGAAUUUCUCUUUAUUAUAACCAUUACAGUAAAAUGUGCUUAGUAUAUUUUGGCUAAUAGGGCAUCAACAUUCCUCAAAGGUAAUUAUCUUGCAAACCAAAAUGACAUUCUUAAUACUCAUAGGCUUUAACAAAGUCUGGAAUAUGACAGUGUCAGAGAAUAUGAAGUAUGACAGGAAUAUGACUCAAUACAGUAAGCUCAAAAACGAAUUUCUCCAUGUUAACUCAGUUUCACAUUACAGGAAUUGGACAGGUGAAAUAUUUGGAAUUGAAUCUCAAUAAAUUGACUGCAACAGUGACUUUCACAACUGACUGAGCAGAGAUUGGAAUGGCUGAGAUGAGACUGCACAAAGGAAAACCAAAGGAGAUGGCAGACGUGCUGGUCCUGGUGAAUAUGGGCAAGGAAGAUUGGCUGCUGUCAAAACCCUGA